CUGGUAUUGUGGAGAGGAAAGGAUUGGCCAAAGGGUCUGAAAUUGCAAUACUGAAGCAACUAACGCUCGCUAGCAACACUAGCAGUACUACUAGUUAGCAAGACAGCUAUGGGAGUUAAAUGGGGUAAAACGCAAUCAAGUAGCAUAUCAGUACUACUUUACAACAUGUCUGAUAGCAAAGGACCGGUAUUUUAAGCGAAUUGUCAAUUUAAUUCUCAGAUGCGGGGUGGGUCGGUCGCCUUAGAAUUUGUAUACAAUACGAACCAAAAUAUGACUCGAGAGACCCACUCCCAGAUAUAACAUACAGGCAUGCAGUCCACCGAUUAAUAGACGUGUCGCUCACAUGCAAAAUAUAUUGCGAACGACUAGGAGAUAGUUUAAAAGUUAGGGAAGUAGCUAACUGGCUGGGACGUUAUUAUAAUAGCAUUUUAUACAUUAUAAUGCGUUUCAGUAUAGCUCGUGAAAACGUAGCCCAACCUGGACUCGGGUAGACUAAACAAAGUAAAUACGGGACGCUCCAAUUGUUACAUUUCGUGUGGUAUGUUAAUUUGUGGAGGUCCCAUAAUCCACUUCGCAUGUUACGAAUUACGAUUCGUAUGAUGCUUUUUUUUAUAGUGUAUGCGGACACUCCUUCAAUUGACUGGAUUUUGGCUAUUUCAGCCACACCUGUUGCUGACAGAUGUAUAAAAUCGAGCACACAGCCAUGCAAUCUCCGUAUACAAACACUGGCAGAAUGUCCUUACUGAAGAACUCGGUGACUUUCAAAAUGGUACGGUCAUAGGAUGCCUCCUUUCCAACAGGUCAGUUCGUUACAUUUCUGCCCUGGUAAACUGGAAGUGCUGUUAUUGUGAAGUGGAAACUCCAUGGUUCAGGCUAGGCCCCGUAUUUCCAGUGAAAGGACAUUCCAGACGAUUCUGUGCUUCCAACUUUGUGGCAAGAGUUUAAGGUCCUUUGCUGUUUCAGCAUGACAGUGCACAAAGCGAGGUCCAUACUGAAAUGUUUUGUCGAGAUCGGUGUGGAAGAACUUGACUGGCCUGCACAGAGCCCUGACCUCAACCCCAUCGAACACCUUUGGGAUGAAUUGCAACGCUGACUGCGAGCUAAAACGCCCAACAUCAGUGCUCGAUCUCACUAAUGCUGUUGUGGCUGAAUGGAAGCAAGAACCCGCAGAAACUGUUCCAACAUCUAAUGGAAAGCUUUCCCAAAAGAGUGGAGGCUGUUAUAACAGCAAAGGGUGGACAAACUCCAUAUUAAUACCCAUGAGAUGUUCGACGAGCAGGUGAAUGGCAGUUCAGCUCUGGUUAAAGAGGACGAGGAGCCCAUGGACAUAACUGUAACACACACAGAGCUCUACCAGACCCUCAUAGACGCAGGCCUUCCACAGAAAGUGGCGGAGAGCCGUAAUAAGAUAUUUCAGACUGGACUGGUGGCUUACACUGACCUGGACGAGAGAGCCAUGGACGCCCUUAGGGAGUUCAAUGAGGAGGGAGCCCUGUCAGUGUUACUGCAGUUCAAGGAGAGUGACCUGUCACAUGUGCAGAACAAAAGUGCGUUUCUCUGUGGCGUGAUGAAGACAUACAGACAGCGAGAAAAGCAAGGAAGUAAAGUUCAAGAAUCCACAAAGGGACCUGAUGAGACUAAGAUAAAGGCUCUUCUGGAAAGAACAGGUUACACUUUGGAUGUCACCACAGGACAGAGGAAGUAUGGGGGGCCUCCACCUGACGAGGUGUACUCAAGGGCCCAGCCUGGAAUCGGUACAGAGGUAUUUGUCGGCAAGAUCCCCAGGGACCUGUAUGAGGAUGAGCUGGUCCCUCUGUUUGAGAAAGCUGGGCCCAUUUGGGACCUGCGUCUGAUGAUGGACCCCCUUCUCUCGGGUCAGAACAGAGGAUAUGCCUUCAUCACCUUCUGCAAUAAAGAUGUUGCCCUAGAGGCUGUCAAGCUUUGUGAUAAUUAUGAAAUCCGGUCAGGUAAAUACCUGGGUGUCUGCAUCUCUGUCGCAAACAACCGUCUGUUUGUUGGGUCAAUUCCAAAGAACAAGACAAGAGAAAGCAUAUUGGAAGAUUUCAGCAAAGUCACAGAGGGCCUCAUGGAGGUGAUACUCUACCACCAGCCAGACGACAAAAAUAAAAAUCGUGGCUUCUGUUUCUUGGAAUACGAGGAACACAAGUCUGCAGCCCAGGCCCGUCGCCGCCUCAUGAGUGGCAAGGUGAAGGUGUGGGGGAACCCUGUUACUGUUGAGUGGGCAGACCCAGUAGACGAACCGGAUUCAGAGAUUAUGGCAAAGGUAAAAGUGCUGUUUGUGAGGAACCUGGCCACACCAGUCACAGAGGAACUCCUGGAGAAAACUUUCUCCCAGUUUGGGAAGUUGGAACGGGUCAAGAAGCUGAAAGAUUAUGCCUUUGUGCACUUUGAGGACAGAGAUGCUGCCGUGAAGGCAAUGCAAGAAAUGAACGGCAAAGAAUUGGAAGGCGAGGAGAUAGAGAUUGUGCUGGCAAAGCCUCCGGACAAGAAGAGGAAAGAGCGGCAGGCCCAGAGACAGCCAACCAGGACCACAGGGGGAGUAGUGUUCGACCACACCUAGCGACACCCAGUCUGCUUGGAGUGGCUGGUGUGACCGUCUAAUGACCAGUUUUUGUGUUCUACAGUGCCUUCAGAAAGUAUUCACACUUGUUCCACUUUUUGUUGUGUUACAGCCUGAAUUCAAUUUUCUCACCCAUCUACACACAAUACCCCAUAAUUGCAGAGUGAAAACAUGUUUUUACAGAAAUACCCCUGAGUCAAUACUUUGUAAAAGCACAUUUGGCAGAGAUUACAGCUGUGAGUCUUUCUUUCUGGGUAAGUCCCUAAAGCCCUGUUCACACUGCAGGCCUUAACUUCUCUAGGGUAGGGGGCAGCAUUUGGAAUUUUGGAUGAAAUGCAUGCCCAAAUUAAACUGCCUGCUUCUCAGGCCCAGAAGAUAUGAAAUGCAUAUAACUGAUAGAUUUGGAUAGAAAAGUUUCCAAAACUGUUAAAAUAGUGUCUGUGAGUAUAACAGAACUCAUUUGGCAGGCGAAAACCUGAGAAAAAUCCAUUCAGGAAGUAGUUUUUUGUUGUUGUUGUAGUUUUCUAUUCAAUGCCAUUACAGUAUCCAUUGACUUAGGACUCAAAUUGCAGUUUCUAUGCCUUCCACUAGAUGUCAACAGUCUUUAGAAAUGGUUUCAGGCUUGUAUUCUGAAUAAUGAGGAACUAAGAGCAGUCUGAAUGAGUGGACCCUAAAGUGUCACAGAGCUUUUUCAUGUGCGAGUCUGAGAGGGUGCGUUUCUUGUUUACCUUUUAAAUUGACGACGUUAUUGUCCGGUUGAAAUAUUAUCGAUUAUUUUGGCUAAAAACAACCUGAGGAUUGAAUAUAAACAUCGUUUGACAUGUUUCUAUGAACUUUACGGAUACAAUUUGGAUUUUUUUGUCUUCCUGUUUUGAUUACUGAAGAAAACGCGCGAACAAAACAGAGGUUUUUGGAUAUAAAGAGACUUUAUCGAACAAAAGGAACAUUUAUUGAGUAAUUGAAUGUCUGCUGAGUGCAACCAUAUGAAGAUCAUCAAAGGUAAGGGAUUCAUUUGAUCUCUAUUUCUGACUUGUGUAACUGUUCUACUUGGCUGGUUACUGUUUGUAAUGAUUUGUCAAGUGGGCUAUGUUCUCAAAUAAUCCUAAGGUAUGCUUUCGCCGUAAAGCAUUUUUUAAAUCUGACACCGUGAUUGGAUUCACAAGAAGUUAAUCAAUAAACCUAUGUAAAAUAUGUUUUGUUUUCUGAAUUUUUAUAAUGAGUUUCUGUAUUUGAAUUUGUCGCCCAGCAGUUUCACUGGCUGUUGAAGAGGUGGGACGCUAACGUCUCACGUACCCAAGAGAGGUUAAUGCUCAAAUCCGUUUUGUUUUUCAAAUCCAAUUUUGGAUUACUGACUGUCCAAACAGCAAAUGACCAAAUCGGAUUUGUGUGUGUUCAGACACCAGUCAUUUGCUGACCAGGCUACGCUAGAUUUCAUAGUAAUGACGGGUGUAUGUGCAGUGGUGUAGGCUUAUUGGUGGUGGUGCUUGUGCUUCCUAUCACUCAGAAGUUAUGUAGCAAGCUAAGGUGACAACAAUGCCUUCCGUGAAUGUUUCCCAGUUGCUUUGAAUGUUCAAAAUCAUAGGUUAAGAACACUUUUAAAGCCUCAAAGGAUAACAUGAUCCAACUUGAUCCAAGCAAGUCCUUUUUGGCUAGCCACAGCAUUCAACUAGAUAGCUAGGUAGCUGUUUAGUUUUCUAUUGCAUGCACUAAUCUGUUUGUAAACAAUUAACAAGCUAGUUAGCUACCUCAUGUUCAUAUCAAACUGUCAACAGAGUAGCUAGCAAGCAAAAAUAUAUGCCAAAUAACAGUCUAAAAGCCACUUGGGGGCAAAUAAAUCAGAUUUGACCGUUGAGACAGAAUUCACAUGGCCAGGAAUCAGAUUUGUAUCUGACUUCAAACCAUUUAUGAAACUGUAACUUAGCCACUAUGGAACAUUCACUGUCAGUGUAGAUUUGGCCUUGUGUUUUAGAUUAUUGUCCUGCUGAAAGGUGAAUUAAUCUCCCAGUGUCUGUUGGAAAGCAGACUGAACAAAGUUUUCCUCUAGGAUUUUGCCUGUCCUUAGCUCCAUUCAAUUUCUUUUUUAUCCUGGAAAAACUCACCAGUCCUUAAUGAUUACAAGCACACCCGUAUGACAUAAUGCAUCCACCACUAUGCUUGAAAGUAUGGAGAUUGGUACUCAGUAAUGUAUUGUAUUAAGUUUGCCCAAUCAUAAUGCUUUGCAUUGAGGACAAAAAGUGAAUUGACCCAUUUUUUGCAGUAUUACUUUAGUGCCUUGUUGCAAACAGGAUGCAUGUUUUGGAAUAUUUGUAUUCUGUACAAGCUUCCUUCUUUCCGCUCUGUCAAUUAGGUUAGUAUUGUGGAGUAACUACAAUGUUGUUGAUCCAUCCUCAGGUUUUUCCUAUCACAGCCAUUAAACUCUGCAACUGUUGUAACGUCACCACUGGCCUCAUGGUGAAAUCCCUGAGCGGUUUCCUUACUAUUCAGCAACUGAGUUAGGAAGGACACCUGUAUCUUUGUGGUGACUGGGUGUAUUGAUACACCAUCCAAAUUGUAAUGAAUAACUUCACCAUGCUCAAAAGGGUAUUCAAUGUCUGCUUUUGAAUUUUUACCCAUCUACCAAUAGGAUCCCUUCUUUGCGAGGCAUUGGAAAACCUCCCUGGGAUUUGUGGUUGAAUCUUUGUAUGAAAUUCACUGAUUGACUGAGGGACCUAUCAGAUAAUUGUAUGUGUGGGGUACAGAGAUGAGGUAGUCAUUAAAAAAUCAUGUUAAACACUAUUAUUGCACACAGUGUGAGUCCAUUCCAUGCAACUUAUUAUGUGACUUGUGAAGCAACAUUUUACUCCUGAACUUAUUUAGGCUUACAAUAACAAAGGGGUUGAACACUUAUUGACUCAAGACAUUUCAUUAUUUAUUCAUUUUUAAUAAUUCCACUUUGACAUUAUGGGGUAUUGUGUGUGUGGACCAGUGACAAACAUCUCAAAUUAAUAUAUUUUAAAUUCAUGCUGUAACAACAAGAUGUGGACAAAGUCAAGGGGUAUGAAUAUUUUCUGAUAUAUUCACACUUGAGUGUGUGAAACAUUAGGAACACCACCUCUUUCCAUGACAUAGACUGACCAGGUAACUCCCUUAUUGAUGUCACCUGUUAAAUCAACAGUGUAGACGAAUGGGAGGAGACAAGUUAAAGAAGGAUUUUUAAGCCUUGAGACAAUUGAGACAUGGAUUGUGUAUGUGUGCCAUUCAGAGGGUGAAUGGGCAAGGCAAAAUAUUUAAGAGCCUUUGAACGGGGCAUGGUAGUAGGUGGAAUGCGCACCGGUUUGAGUAUGCCAAGAACUGCAACGCUGCUAGGGUUUUCACGCGCAACACUUUCCCGUGUAUAUCAAGAAUGGUCGACCACCCAAGCCAACUUGACACAACUGUGGGAAGCAUUGGAGUCAACAUGGGCCAGCAUCCCUGUGAAAUGCUUUCAACACCUUGUAGAGUCCAUGCCCUGACAAAUUGAGUCUGUUCUGAGGGAAAAAGGGGGUGCAACUCUAUAUUAGGAAAGUUUUCCUAAUGUUCCUGUCUGCACAAAAAAAACUGUCAUGUUGCCUCUCUUGCUUUGU